CACACCUGCAACGUUGGUACAAAGUCCAUUAUUGAUCCCGAGCGCGACAAAAUAAUAAUAAAAAUUAGAAUGCUAUUGGAUCAGUCCAUUUGGUAAACAUGUUCCUACGUGUACAAUAAUGAUAAUAAUUCAUUACUUUUAUUCAUGCAUCAGUAAUAUCAGCAGUAAAGGUCAGUUUAUAAUGCAGUGUUAUUCAACAUUAUUUACAUCACGGCACACUUAAACUUUCGCGGUACACUUAAAUUAUGAUAUUAUUUUAAUUUUGAUACGUACACAAUAAGUGCUUUGGAUUUCUUUAAAUAAUAUCAAUAUUACGUUAUAAAACUAAAUUACUAUUAAUUCGCAUUUCUUUGUGCAAACCGAUAUCGAUAUCAUGACUAACAUGUAGGUGUUGGCUGUAAUAAGUAAUGCACGUGCAACAAUACUUCCUCAAUGUUGUCAGAUAAGUUGUUAACAUUAGAUGAGCAACUAUGCCAACAAAUAAAUUUACUUGAAUUCGACUCCGAAAAAGUCGAAUAUGUGUACAAUCCUUUGGAAUACGCCUACAAUGGAUACUCUCAAUUCGUAAAAAAGUACUUGGACACUAGUAAGCAUAUUCUAUUUGUGGGAAUGAACCCUGGUCCAUACGGAAUGUGCCAAACAGGAAUUCCUUUUGGAGAUGUGAAUACAGUUCAAAAUUGGUUUGAAAUAAAUGUGGAAGUUAACAGACCUAGAAGAGAAUGUCCUGAGAGACCAGUGUUGGGUUUGGAGUGCAAAAGAGUAGAGCAAAGUGGGAAACGUUUGUGGGAAUAUUUCAGAAAAAAAUGCGGUCUUCCCGAACAUUUCUUUCGUAACGCUUUUAUAUUAAACUACUGCCCACUAGGAUUUUUUGAUGCAAAUGGAAAAAAUAUAACUCCAAAUAACUUGAAGGUUGCAAAUAAAAGGAAAAUUCAACAAAUUUGCGAUCAAUAUAUGCUACAUGUUCUUCAAUUACUCGAGUGUAAAAUUGUUGUUGGUAUUGGUCGUUAUGCCCAGGAACGAAUGGACAAUAUUUUAAAAACAUCGAAUCUUGAUGUGCAACUACUUUAUAUGAAACAUCCAAGUCCUCUUGCGGGAACUACAGACCAAUGGAUAGAAGACACAAAUAAAUUAAUACAGGAAAACAAUUUAAAUUCAUAUUUUAUAAACAAACAUGUUUAAGUAAUUUGUGUGCAAUUCUUAUGGAACUAUGUUUGGUUGCCUAUCGUAAAAUAUUAUUUUCAUGGGGUAAAGAUUGCAAUUAAUGCCCUCUAAUGUAUUUAGGAAUUAUUUUUAUGGAUGUAAUAAAUUUUAUUUAUAAAUUGUGAUUUUUUCUUAUAGGUAAUUCUUUUCUCUAAUAACAUAAGAUAAAUUGCGGGAACCCUCGUAUAACGCGGUCACAUACAAUUUUAACACGGUCGGAUAUUUACGGU